AUGGACAACGAAACAUGGCUACUUAAUGAACUGGAGUGUCAAGAGCGUCCAGCACUGUUUUUAAAAUUCAAGAUGAUAUUUGUUGGUAUCAUCGGUACAUUGUCGGCAUUAAUUGGAUUUCUGGAAAAUAUUUUAGUAUUUUACACAUUUAUAAGUUCAAGAGUGCUUCGACAUAAAAACUUAUUACAUCUCACAUGCCUCAGUGUUUGUGAUAUAUUCAUUUGUUUUUCUUACAUCGAAAUUAUGUCAGUACAGGUUUUUGCGGAGUAUUUUCGUUAUUUUCCUUUACUUCAACUUUGGCAUUCUUAUCUCAAGGUAGCAUUUGCCACAUCACAUAUUGCAAUAUGCAGCGCAUCAUUUCUUAUAAUGGCUGCGGCAUUCGAACGAUACCUCCAAAUAGGCACCACAUUAAAGCUUUUUAUACAAUUAAUCUUUCAAUUUUUCUGUCGUCAUCGAGGAAAAAUUGUCAUUGCUGCUUUUCUUCUGGCAGUAUUAUUCCGUGGUUCCGUUUACUUUGAAAUACAGAUUUAUCAUUUGGAAAACUGUGAAGGAUUUGCAAGUAUUGGUGUAAGAGUCAGUGAACUUGCACAAAAUGUAUAUUACGAUGGAAUUUGGCGCUUUUUGAUUCGACGUAUUGCUACUGUAUUUCUACCAUUUUUUGUUUUAUCUUAUUGUAAUGCAGCUAUCGUUGUGAGCUUACGCAGGAAUAAUCGCAAAAAUACUAUCAAAAUGCUUGUGAUUUUAUUUUUAAGCGCAACAUCAUCUAAAUUACGUGAUCGCGUAAAAGUAGCAACAAGAUCACUGAUGAUGGUUGUUACUUGCUAUUUGUGUUCUAAUAUAAUUGACGUUUUCAUUUCUGCAUGGGAAUAUUUGGAUAGUGCUUCAUUAAUGCAAUUAGAGGAAUUUUAUUCAACCGCAACGGAUGUUUCCUCAUUACUUACCACACUCGCUGCUUGUUUACGAUUGCCUAUUUAUUUGAUUAACGAUAAAGUUAUUCGGAAAGAGGUUAUGUUCAUAUAG